CCGGAUUUGCGUAAAACCCACUUGAUUGCUGCACCUUCCUCAGGGUUCUCUAUCCUCCCCUUCUCUCUCUUAACUUCAAUCCUAAGUAUGAUUUAUGAUUUAGCCUUCCUCUCUUUAAAUCAACACAAUUAGUUUUAGUUACUCCCUCUCCACCCUACAACAUUUCUACCUCUUUAAACAUUUAAAUGACACAACACAAGCCCCGGGUAAUAUUUCACGCUAUAUAGAGGCAGUGACCACUUCAUCACAGUUUACACUCUUCCUCCAAUAUUAAGUAACAUUGCCAUUCCCACUCCCCUCUCACAAAUGGGUCGCCAUUCCUGUUGUGUGAAGCAAAAAUUGAGGAAAGGCUUAUGGUCCCCUGAAGAAGAUGAGAAGCUAUUCAAUUACAUAACAAGAUUCGGAGUUGGAUGCUGGAGUUCUGUUCCCAAACUAGCUGGACUUCAAAGAUGUGGGAAGAGUUGCAGGUUGAGAUGGAUAAACUACUUGAGGCCUGAUUUAAAGAGAGGGAUGUUCUCACAGCAAGAGGAGGAUCUUAUAAUCAGUCUUCAUGAAGUUCUUGGAAACAGGUGGGCUCAAAUAGCAGCACAGUUACCAGGAAGAACAGAUAAUGAGAUUAAAAACUUCUGGAAUUCGUGUUUAAAGAAGAAGCUUCUGAAGCAAGGGAUUGACCCAACUACACACAAGCCUCUUGCAGAAGCUCAUGUAAAGGAAGAAAAGAAAAUCACAGAGACAUCACCUAUGCAAACACCAUUAUCUCAAGGCCCUUCAGUUCCAUUAACCUUUCCUUCAUCACAGGGAUCAGCAUUUCUGAUAGAUUCCGAUUACUAUGAUGGAGCGCUAACAGAAGCUUCAAGAGAAAUUUUCAUGACAAAGCCAGCAUUGGACCCUUUAUCCUACUAUGAUUUUCCAAUGAAUGUUGCACAGUGUGGUUUUAAUUUACCUGUGAGUCAGUACCACACAGGCCUUAAAGCAUCUGAUCAGAGCCUCUUUGGGCCCAAUUCAAGCUAUGGAUUCUCUUCAAUGCCAAGUCUAACCAAUUCUGAUCAUGGGAACGUGUCGGUGACUGAGUUUUCAGACAACAAUUCAGCUUCCAAAAUCAGUUCACUGUUCAUGAAUGAUCAGGUGAAAGAAAGUUCCAGCAAUAGCUCAAACAUGAGCACCAUUUACCCUGGAGGAGGGUGUCACAUGAUGGAAAAUGCAGGGUUCUCGUGGGACGGUGACAACAAGUUUGACCCUUUGUUUCAGUUCCAAGUAAAUGGCGCAAAAUCCGAGGAUUUUAAGACGAGUUCAUGGGAAGAAGGGCAGCUGCAGACUCACAAUUCGAUAGAUUUCACUAGCUUUCCGUUAACGUCACUUUCAGAAGAUCUAACUGGAGCAAAUUUUGAUGUAUUCCAGCAUAUAUGAACUGUAAAUUCUUUCUUUCUUUUGAUUUUUUGAACUCUUCUUUAUGUUGAAACGAGGUAGCAAAAUUAGAACGAUGUUGAUAGUACAGGAGAUUUGUAACGAAUGAUUUGAGAAUUGAGAUUAUCCCCCCUCCCCCGCACCUAUUAUUCCUAUUGAUGUAUCUGUUUUCAUCAGCCAAAGUUUGAAUAACGAUAUACCCUUGAUGAUAUUA